AUGACGCGACGUACACGUGACGGGAGAUUUUUGGUUGUUGUUGUUGUUGUCUUAAUAUGCGUACUGUUCACCAUUGCGAGUUGUGAGGGGGGAAAUAUAACGAUAGAAAUGGGAGGCAAUGCCGUGUUUACCUGCGUGGUGCAGUUCAAUGAAACCACGACACCAGUAGAAGGUCAGAUUAAAUGGAAAUGGAAACCAGAGACUGAAAAUAAAUACAGACUCUUUCAAGGAAUGUCAUUUAUAAACAUUUUCAAUAUAGUCGGAAGCAGCGUGGCGAGAAAUCGAAGAUGGAAAAGGUUCUGUUCAAACUACAAACUCGACCGAGUACAUGAGUUCACAACUAACUAUACACAAUAUCCUCCGGACACGCCACGAGAAAUACAUUGCGAAACCAACGGAAUGCUAUCUAUCAUGACGUGUUGUUGGGAUAUAGGAAGAGAGACUUAUCUGAACGCAACAUACACUGUAACAUACACUAUUCAUAGUUACGAAGAAGGAAUCGAAAACGUUAGCUCAAUGUCAAACUGCAUCGGUUUGGACGUAACUAGCUAUUAUAAUCGUGAAUAUGCUAUGAACGUCACAGCUGCAAAUGAUCUUGGUGAAUCUGUCUCUGAUUUGGUGACAUACACACCAUGUAAAGCUGUGAAAACAGGCCCCCCUUCCAAUGUCACAGUCAUCUACUGUGAAGGUUCUGGCACUCAAUCCUCUAGCCUGUUAGUAAAAUGGGCAAAGCCAACAGACACCAGGGGUUAUUUGAAUCUUGAAUAUAAAACUCGACACCGCAUCGCAAACAGUGAUGACAUCUGGCAUAAUGACGAAAGAAUUCCAGACCUAACAACUCGUAUCAUAAACCUGCACCCUAACACACAGUAUGAGGUACAAGUGGCAGCUAAACCAGCUGAUUCAUGGUAUGGUGGGUUCUGGAGUGACUGGAGUGAAGAAGUGUUACAAACUACAGCGAAUACUGGUUUAAACUUCCCAUCUCAUACAACACACUAUACCUAUGAGUUGACCAACCCAGGAUACAACUUCUUCGUCAGUGGGACAUAUUGCAACUCAAUUGGCUGUUCUGGGACUGUAACUGAAACUGUCAAUCUAAGUGCUGGUAGAUCUACUGAUGGUGAAAGUAACUUUUUUGAAACUGCGAUACAAGAACAAGUACAGGUUCAAUGUUCAACUGAAACAGUUACCUUCAAUUUUUCCAAUCCUUCUCCAUGUUAUGGAUAUUUUGGUUUCGUUUCACGAAAUAUGGUGGAUGGAAUUCAAGAAAUAAUUACUAUGUCUCUUUCCAGCAAGGCAACUCUGUGUAAGUGUUAUGUGUAUUGGAUUGUUGAUACAUUAUGUAGUAUAUUAUGCAAAAAAUAUAAAUAUUAUACUAAAAUAUGUAGUAUUACAUUAUAUAUGAGCUAUAAUACAUUUUCAAGUUCAUAUUUUCUAAGGAUCUAUUUUAGCUUGUUCAAUAGUGCAUAUUUACAUAAGCCAGAGAGAUUUCAAUGGGUAAAUCCUCUAACAUUGACAUGGUCCCAACCAAGACACAAAAAUGGAAACAUUGGAGGUUACUUUGUUCAAUAUGGCAUCAAAAAUGAAGAUACAACCAAGACACCACCCCAAGUUCAAACUACCAAAACUUCUAUUGACACAGACAUUACUUGUUCCGAUUCAAAUAACCAAUCAAUUUAUUGGGCAGAAGUAUCUGCAUAUAAUAUAAAUGAUGACCAAACAAAGCUCUAUGGCAAUUCAAGCUACAUUGAAGGAAUGCCAUGUGCAAUGUAUGUUGCAGUGUAUUGGUUAUAUAAUUUGACAUUGUACGUAAUUUUAGUGCAAGGCCCUAUCACACCAAUUGAUGUUGGCUUGAUGAUUGGUCUUGCUUUUGGGAUUGCAGCUCUGGUUGCAACGUUUGCAUUGGCACACUAUCACCGGAAGAAAAUUAAAAAAGCAUUAAGGGAGAAAAUAUGGCCCCCAGUACCAGAACCAAACAUAUACAUUGGCUUCACCACAGAUGUGGCAAGCAUUGAUUGUGUCAAUCCUGCUAUUUCAAAUCUCAGUUUGCAAUCAUUUAGUUCAAGAGACAACGAUUUAGUUGAUGAAGUUGCUGCAGACAUUCGUGACAUAACAUAUGUGAAUCCAUGCCCUGAAAAUAAAGCAAAUUCUACCAACGCAAACAACAGAACGUCUGUAACUAGUGAUCACAAUCAUAACAACAACAACAACAGCAGCAUAACCUCAGAUACAAAUCAAGAUCCUAUUGAAGAUCUUGGCCUACAGUCCAAUGACAGUGAAUCUGGUGGGACUAAUGUAGACUCAACCUAUACUUACUCCACAUUCAUGGCAUACAGUGUUGUGUCUCCUUUGUUGACGGACAGUAGGGAUGUGAGUGGGCAAAUAUCAUCAGGUACAAGCUCUUGGAGAUCACUUUUGUAUCCACGGGCAACAGCCCAGUUAAACUUGGGGGGUUUGGAACGACCAACAAGAAGGAGAGCUUCUAGUUAUUGUGAAAGCGUGACCAGCAGAAGCACAGGACUAGAAUCAUAUGUCAGAUAUUGCAGACAACCCAACAGAGUACAAAACAGUGAUCACCACACAAAUACUUCUGCAAGGGAUUCUGAUUCUUCUCCAAUGAUUACGUACACAAGGAUAGCGGUUGGAAUGGAUGGCAGCCCAACAUUUGUGCCAGAAGCCAAUAGUGAUGAUGCCACCCCCAAUAUAUUUGUGUUUCCAGACAGCAAUACCAGUCAAUGUAGAUUCACCCAUCACAGAUUACGAGGGGAGUCGUGGUACGGGAAAUACUCAACUGAAGGUGAUUCGCUGUUUCAGUCAUCAGAUUUAAACUACAAGGGGUCUUUGGCUUCAUAUGUAGCUGAGGUUGACCAGCCUAAUCAUCCUGCUGAUAGUGGACCAGACUGCAACGAGCAUGCCAGAGAUAAUGGUGAAAAUUUGGAGCCUAUCUUAGAAUUUGGUUCAAUGGAUUCUGUGGAUCAAUUAUACCCUGGAAGAGCGAGAGAAAACAACAUUAAUCGAUCAUCUGAUGAUAAUGAAGAGCAGUCGAAAUCUACAUUUUCUUACGACAGUGAAAUGCCACAAACAGAUUAUGUUACUGUGGGUGAAGCUAUGAGCUUGGGCGCCAAUGGAUCAGAACUUGCAACCACUCUGUCAACAAGUGACUACAGUUUUCAUAGAGACAUGUUGAUUUCUCAGUCCUCGUCCAUGAAAGAUGAUCAUAAUGACUCCCAUGACACAACAGAUGAUUUUUUGCAUCAAGACAACGAUAUGAACCAGGACGAAGAGAAUGGAGUAUGGACUCUUACAUCACAGCAAAACGCAGUCGAAAAUGAUUACAUAACCGCAGUUAGCCCUAACGGCGAUUUAAACUGACUUUUAUAUUUUCUAAUAUUACAGUUCAUUAAUUUUUAUGUUUUUAUUUAAGUUUCGCUGAGAUAUAUUGUGAAAAUAAAGGAAAGAGUAAGUUAAAGGUACCUCAAAGACUACAGUGUAUCAGCAACAACACAAGCCAUCGUUACGACCAGUAGCAGCAGAAAGUUCAAGCCCAACCCAAACUCCCGCAGCAAAUUUUGUUUCUCCUACAAAUCUAUGACAAAAAGUUUAUUUGGAUACAAAAAAUAUAGAAACAAAAAGUGUUUUUAUUAAUGCGAAUCGUUACCUUAUGACA